AUGUUCGUCUUUCGUGUUUGGCCCUCCUAAAAAGGCCCCAUUUUAGUUUAAAUGCGCAGGUGAAAAGCAGAGGGGCCGCCCUGCGGAGCUGUUUAGCUUCCGCGUUUCCUGGCUGCUGCCGCCCAAUAAGAGAGAACGGCUCUGAAAUGUAACUGAAAGAGAAAGUAAAAAGAAAAAGGCUCAGGGAAGUCCACUCCAUAAUCCUGCUUUUCUCAUUCAGCGGCAGCGCUGGCAUGCUGUUUCCUUCCUGCUGACUCCUAAAAACUCCAGAUUUCUCGACCAUCCACCUCCACGCAGGUCAUUUCAGGCCCCCGCUGAGUUCAUCUGAGGUGAGACCGGAGGAGGAAAAUGUCCCGCGGCUCCAACGCUGGUUUUGACCGACACAUCACCAUUUUUUCACCUGAGGGCCGACUCUACCAAGUCGAGUAUGCCUUCAAAGCCAUCUCUCAGAGUGGGCUGACAUCUGUCGGAGUCAGAGGGGCGGACAGUGUCGUGGUGGUCUCGCAAAAGAAAGUACCGGACAAGCUGCUGGACUCCUCCACUGUGACCAACAUGUUCCAUCUAACCCCUCGCAUUGGCUGUGUGAUGACGGGCCACAACGCGGACAGCCGCUCACAGGUUCACCGGGCCCGGGUGGAGGCUGGAGAAUGGAAAUAUAAGUUUGGCUAUGACAUCACGGCGGACGUGUUGUGUCGCAGGCUGGCUGAUAUUUCCCAGGUGUACACACAAAACGCAGAGAUGAGGCCACUAGGCUGCUGUAUGAUCCUGGUGGCUAUUGACCCCCAGCUCGGCCCCGUCCUGUAUAAAUGUGACCCGGCAGGGUACUACUGCGGCUUCAGAGCCACUGCGGUUGGGGCCAAACAGACAGAGGCCAACAGCUACUUAGAGAAGAAACUCAAGAAGAAGCCAGAAUUGAGCCACGACAGGGCUGUGCAGAUGGCUAUAUCCUGUCUGUCCUCUGUGCUGUCGUUGGACUUCAAAGCCACAGAGCUGGAGGUCGGGGUAGUGACCAAAGACAAACCUAAGUUCAGGACCCUGACAGAGGCUGAGAUUGAAGUCCACCUUGUUGCCAUAGCAGAGCGAGAGUAGAGGCACCUUCACAGAUGUUAUCAGCGAUUCUUCACAGCAUUUCAUGUUCAGCGUACCUGCCCUGCUGACCACAAUCUGAGGACAAAGAAGAACAGUCUUCCCUCUGUCCCAAAACUUGGAUCAUGUGCAUCUGAUAAUGAAACGAUGUUAUAAAGGGUUGAUCGAUGCAGGUUAGAUUGGCUGUGAUUUAGCUGACAUCUCCGUUGAGGUUGUAAAAAUAAAAUCCACAGUAACACUCCCAUCAUUUGGACAGCUUGUCUGGUCCUGCAUCUUUUUACUCUUCUAAAUUCUUCAGGCAACCAGGGGACUUUUUUCCACCUUUGUAACAACACUUCAUAAUAAAACCGGCUGGAUAGCUGACCAAA